AUAGAAAGAUGAAAGAAACAAAACUUCGGGAAUGAUAUGCCAUUCUUGGACAAAGAGUAUUUGACUUUGGUGUCGGUAAAACAGCAGUGUGUGUUUGGGGGUUCCUGCCCCCCUGUGUGGCAGAAUAAGAUGGUUAUGUCUCAGGGAACUUAUACCUUCCUCAGUUGUUUUGCUGGUUUCUGGCUGAUUUGGGGGCUUAUCGUGCUGCUCUGCUGUCUUUGUAGUUUCCUGAGACGAAGAAUGAAGAGACGCCGGGAAGAGAGGUUGAGGGAGCAGAGCCUGCGCUCUGUACACAUAGAGCCACUACAGUAUGAGGAAUAUGUAAGCAGCCCACGCAUUCCUGUAUCACACAGAAUGCGAGCACAGGCACCUCUACAGCCACCAGCAGCACAAGCACGUCCGUGGUCUGGGACCCGCAGGAACGAACCAGAUCUGUCUCAGCCUCCAUGUUAUGAAGAAGCACUGCUCAUGGCUGAGCCUCCACCACCAUAUAGUGAGGUCCUCACCGACACCCGAGGGAUUUAUCGGAAAAUACUCAGCCCUUUCCUCUCUGUCCAGGAUGAGAUGGUGAAACCAGAGCAACCCCUCAGCCAUAAACAGCAUCUGUCAGGACCCCCACACACUCAACAGCUUCCUGGAGCUCUGAGUUCACAGCUUACACCCAACCCACCACAUGAAGCUCAGAGGGGGAGACCACCAUCCUGGGCUGGCUCUGACUUAGGUGUUGGGGGACUGCACAGACUGCCUGGGGGCUGCCAACUUCCAUUCCCUAUCCCUUUGCUGGGGAGGACUACAGCUGUUUGA